GCCAAAAGACAACAGCAACCGCCGCCGCCCCCACCACCAAAUUCCCAAUCCGCCGCUUCCCAAGCUCCGCCGCCGACUCCACCCGCUCGAUCAGCAAUGGCGCCCAAGGCCGAGAAGAAGCCCGCCGAGAAGAAGCCGGCUGAGGAGAAGGCCGAGAAGAAGCCGAAGGCGGAGAAGCGCGUGCCGGGCUCCGGUAAGGAGGGCGGCGAGAAGAAGGGGAAGAAGAAGGCCAAGAAGAGCGUCGAGACCUACAAGAUCUAUAUCUUCAAGGUCCUCAAGCAGGUGCACCCGGACAUUGGUAUCUCCUCCAAGGCCAUGUCCAUCAUGAACUCGUUCAUCAACGACAUCUUCGAGAAGCUCGCCCAGGAGGCCGCCCGCCUCGCGCGCUACAACAAGAAGCCCACCAUCACCUCCCGGGAGAUCCAGACCUCGGUGCGACUCGUCCUCCCCGGCGAGCUCGCCAAGCACGCCGUCUCUGAGGGCACCAAGGCCGUCACCAAGUUCACCUCCUCUUAGAUUUCCGCGUGGUGUUGCGGUCGUGUUUCUUUUCCUCGGAUAUUUAGCGCAGUGUUAGGUUGCUCGUGGAACAAUGUAGAAUUGUUUACGUUUGCUGAAUGAAACGAUGGCUCUUGUGGAAGUUCAGAAUAUAACAGAA